CAUUACUCAAAAUUUGGCUCUGGCUGAAAGAAAUAAAAGAAGGUCAUCUAUUCUACAAAUUAUGAAAGUAGGGACUAUGGUGGAAAUUGAAAUGUGAAGAACAGUUCGAAUCGAUGAUAGGUUCCGGAUUCAAAUGGUCUCUGUGAAGAGACUCCCAGACGCGACGGAUCGACCAAACUCAUUAACGCGACUCAUCGAAUCUCUACAAUCAUGAUGACUCCUGGCGAUAUGGCGAUGUUGAACAGCGAAAGCGAAAAGCAUGCCUCUACUACUUCGAGUUUGAAUGAGGAAGCGGUUGUGCUCGAUGUCCUCGAGGACGCAGUGGAGGACGAAAAAGAUGUUUCGCUGUCUUUUUCUGGGGCCUCGUCAUUGUGUCUCGAAAACUCAAUCGAAUACUCGGACGCUGAGAGUCGCAAGCGGCGCAUCAAUGCGGGUUCCUCUACUUCGAGAGACCUGCCUCAUGCGGACGACGUGGCGGGCAAGGCAGGUGGCUGCAUGGAAGAUGGUAAUGGAGGAAUUGGUGCUGCCGGUCGUGAGGGAAGAAAAGCAAAAUCUUCGAAGGUCGAAAUAUGUCUAAAUCAGAGCCAGAGGACGAGCAAUACACAGGACCUCCGCACCAGUCGCAGAGAACGGCGACGAGAGGGAAACGAACGUGCUCUAGCUGCCGACCAUGCUACCGUGAAGGUUGCCGAUCACUCGACAAGAAACCGAGAAAAUGCAUCACGCCGAAAUGCAGCACGUCGAGUGCCCGACGAACGAGGCAAGGACGUAGAAAGGGCAGAUCAUCAGAGGAAGAAGGUGAAAAUAAGAGGUGGCAAGAAAGGAGCUGACGCCAGACCUGUGUUGUCUAGCUCCUCAACGUCAGGAGACUCUGACGCUGCUAUCAGUCGCUCUAUUUCCGAGAAAAAGCGGAGAAGAGCGACGUCAGAAGAUGCAAACCAGCGCGAAGAUAGCACCAGGAGGCGAAAUGCGGGACAACGUGGGAAAAAGACGCGUGUUGGUGGUAGGGAUAAGAAAAAUAUGCUUCGAGAUGGCUCUGAAGAAGAAGGCGAAAAACAAGUUCGAAGCCGACGACAGGUGCGACUGUUCGGCGAUAGGAGCCGAAGAAGCAAUCAGGAUUUGUCGUGCUCAGAAGACGAAGAAGUAGAAUGUAGCUCCUCUGCCUCGUCUGACUCACCGCUGGGAAUAGAGCCUCCUUCUGUAGGCACCAGAACUUCCACCAAAAUAGAGCAGAGAACGAGAAGCAAGAACUGCAACACUUCGACUCGAGUAGACGACCGGAAAAAUGGGGCCGCUUCUUCCAGAGCUGCCACGACCUCGUCUAGGACGCUACGACCAUCACGUGAUGAUCGUGUAAAGAGUUACGUCGACAAUCACAAUCUUCGUCGUCGCGAGCGCGAUCACAACCACCACGACCAGGAAGAUCAUGAUCAUCUACAUCAACACCGACGAUCAGCCUCCGCGCGCGCCCCUGCGCCUCUUGGUCGUGGAGCAACGCGGCGAUCGCACUCGGAAACAAGACCUAGACCCUGUGGUCCGCACUCUUUUGAUGGCGACGACUUCCAGAUCGCGAUGCGAUACGUACUGAGAACGCCGCUUCGCGUGCUUCAGUACUUCUAUCCUGACAUUGAGUUGUCUCUAAAGAAUGGAGAUCACUAUGGUGGAAUCGGGAAUGGUAGUACCUUUUUUGGCGGUUCUGGGGGUAACAUUACGGUUGCGAGACGAGGACCACCGUCGCGUAGGGCGCCACCGCGGAGAGCAGCGAGUCGUUUUCAAGAAGACGACCUUGAUGCGAGUCACUGUGAUGCGAGUAGCUGUGUUGAUGGUACGACUGAUAUCAAUAAUGUUGGUUCUACGAGCAACAUCAAUGACAACUCUUACAAUGCUGGUGCUCGGUCGUUGUCUCGCGACGUUUGUAAGAAUCCUGAGGAGGCACACCCUUUACGAGAUCAUCAGAGACGAGGAAGAUCACCGAUAGCAUCGUCCGCGACGUCAAGAGCAGGCGUGGUGCUGGAUGAUAAUCAGCACGGUGCAGCUGAUGAUAGAACUAGUAGAAGUGCAACUAGUACAAGUUGUACAACUCGCCCAAGCCCAGUACCCCUUCUCGAUUGGUCACUGAUCGGGGAAGACGUGGAUCCGCGAUUGCUGGAGACGAUUCAAAGACGAGUAAGCUUUUGGGAUGUUGAGGAUGCUCACGUUGCAGGACCACAACUUAUGCGCGCACUGCGAGAGGCAGCGGAAUCCGGAUGGAGUAUGGACGAGACAAGACGUAUGUCGUGGGCAGCGAGACUUGCGCAGAUGCCAAGACGAAGUCCUGGAUCAUCAAAAACUACUAGAAGUACACCAGUUCCUUCGGCUUCCGGUAGUGGCAGCGCCAGAGGACCCUCACAACCUACCACUUCGACAACACAAACUAGUCUUAUAGGUUUGGUAGCGUUUUUGUUACAUGUCUGGUUCGAAUAUCGACCUGGGAUCUUUACUGGUACAUCCAGCUACGUCACUGGCUUCGGUACGUCGACAGUUUCUUUUCGGAAAUUUUGCAACACUCUGCGAUUUGCGCUUAGAGGCAUUCUUGCAGGUGGUGGCUUUUCUUCAACGUCUUCUCACGAUCCUCGUCCAACGAGCUGUUUUCCCUAUAACCACCAGAGUACUAGAACUGGAUCGGGGUCUUCUUCGGUGCUUGUGGCAGCAAGUGAUGUGCUCUUCAGCUUCGUGCCAUACGACCCGUGGGGAAUCUUCGGUGCAAGAGAUGAAGUCCGGCUCUGCACAAGAAUGAGCGUGUACUUUUUGCGUGUUGUCCUUGUCGCUUGAUGUACUACUAAGUCGAUAAAAAGCAACAUGUAACGACCUGCUGUUUCUAAGUAUAUUAAUCGAGUCUACCGUAGCAGCGGUGGCACGACUACUGUUGUCGACAAUGAAUGAAAUUGCUUUUCUUGAGCUGUUACAGCUGUAGCACUGGUGAAGACACUUAGUGUAACUGGGCUUUUAAUAUCUCGAUCAACAUGUUUUUUCGAAAGUUUCACAAACAUCAUACAGCGCGGCUGAGAUCAACGCAAUUUUGCUGACGCCUCCUGUCGUUGCGAACCUUGAGGCAGGGCAUCCGGCUGUUCAUGACAACUAUAGACUACGACGAGCGCCUGCUGGUGUCGGUGUUCACGAACAUCAACAACAAGGACCUCCACUAGCGCAACAUGGUGGAGGACCUCGCCUUCCAGCUGCGUCUUUUACUAGAGUUGGAGAUGUUGGCAUAGUUGUGGAGGAUGGCGUAGAAGUGGAGGUCCCACCACACAACUAUUCGUCGACUAGUGCGGUAGGCACCCCGCGUGCGCCUACUUCUCGUCAAAAUCAAUCUCAACAUAGUCACAUCCACAUGAUGAAUAGUGGCCACCAAGAUCUGCUAUUUGGAUCGUCAGCGAGUGUGGCCUGUUUGACACCGAUCGCGCCAGAACCGGGAUCUCAUUUUGUGAUGCCAGGGACGCGACUGCAAUCUCCAAGCUUUCUGCAGGAAGACGAGGAUCCUCGAGAUCUUCUUGCGAGCACAACAACAUCGACGCUCAUCAAUGGCGUUCUUGGUGGUCAGGAGGAGCACCAUAAUCCUUUUGUUCAAGAAGAUGUCCAUAGUUCUUGUACUAGUAGUUGUAGAAGAGGUGCUUCCAGUAUAGCAGGUGCACCAGGAGGUGGACGAUUACACGAUGACUCCAGGCCUGAAGAGGACGAUCAUCGACACGAUAGAAGAAACACAAACUACAAGAACUACAACACGCACACUCAACAUUACGGAGGAAGCGACCACAUGAAUAGAUCUCCUCUGCAAGAGCAUGGUCAUGUUGUUGGCCCACGACUAGGUGGUCAACAUGCGAAAAAUAUGGAGCGGCCUGAAGAGUCUUCACCUCCACCUGUUGUGGUUUCUAGUGGGCCUGGUGUCAGUUUUUUUCGCGAGAAUUGGAGUGCUGCGACAGCUGCUCCGGCACCAUCAUCUUCCAGGUCAAAUAGAGCUCCUUUUCCUAGUAUUAAGGCUCAGAGAAAUUCAUCUUAAGAGGCAUCUUUGACCGCUUUCCUAAGGAGGAAGUGCGUUAAAGAUGCUCUUCAAGAUGAAUAAAAGUAAGGUCUAAUUAUAGUAGUAGUAGUAGUCAAAAGAGAUACGGAGGAGGACAUCAUGAUGGAGCUGGUGGUGGAGACGACACAAUGUCGACUCAAAUUUCAGAUGUUCGCGGCUGGAUGCCUCGUGAGCUCGUCGACGCAAUGGAUGCCUCAUCCUCUAGCGAAGGCACGGAGUCGGAUCAAUAGAUACAACUCGAUGCCUCAUCCUCUAGCGUCGGAUCGAUGAUUGUUGAUGCUUGAAAGUAUAUCUUCGAAGAAGUUGGAAAUUUUGCAUUUACUUGUUAGGUACUUACCAUUUUUACCAAGUUACCUGACAAAGACAAUGCAAGAAUUAUCGGUUCGAUAGUUCUUGUGUACUCCUCCUGAUUCCUUCUAUAUUCAUUGUUCUUGUUCUUACUCAGUACUAGAAGUUCUGCUUAAAAUUGCUUUUCAGAUCCAGUACAGAUUUUGCACAGAUGCUGAAGAGAACAGAGUUCUUGAACUUUAAUAAUGAACAUCAUGCCCGCUAUCAUGUCUGAACUGAAGACGAAUCUGUGCUG